GGAUCAGUGGACUGGCCAGAGGGGUUCAGGGUCAGGGUAACAGCCUGUAUCAAGAGAGCUUGUACUACCUGUCCAGCUACGGGACUCACCUGGCUCUGGUCUCCUUCCUGAUGAGACACGACAACAUGAAGGAUGCCCUGCAGCACCUACUCAGCAAGGAAUGUCCAGAGGAGGUGUUCCUGGAGGGCGUAUUGCAGCCUAGUCUAGAGAGGGGUCGUCUGGGGAUGCUGCAGGGGUUACUGGAGACCCUAGAUCCAGGCCUGGAGGUCUGUAGCCGAUACCUCCUCUCCUCCUGUCAACUGCUACAGCGACGGGGACACUUCCACACACUAUACCAGCUACAACAGUUCAUGAUGGACCACGUACGAGCGGCCAUGACGUGUAUCCGGUUCUUCACCCACGGUGUCGUGUCCUACGUACAGCUGGGAGACCAGCGGAGAUGGCUGGUUCGGGCCAAGGAGCACCUCAGAACCUACCUUCAGGAGCAACAGGGAACACGUACCAACAGCACUAACAGGAAGAAGAGCACCUCUAACUCCUUCAGAAAGAAGAUGUCUUCUAGUGAUGUGUCCAGACACAUGAACACGAUAGAGCUCCAGCUGGAGGUGACUGGUUCCUGCAUCACUGUGAAACAUCCAGCUCCGCCCCCACCUCCCUCUGCCUCCUCCAGCACUCCUCCCACUCUGUUCGGCCCCAGCUCUAUGAAGAUCGAUGUAGCCUGCAAAGGUGAGCCCCCCCGCAAAGCUUCUCAAAGAUAG